AUCGCCAUUUUGUGAAACUACGCACCAAUCUACGCUGCAUAAUGUCAUCUAAUGCCAAAACUGCGACAGAAGGUAGAAGGGGAAGCUUUGAAUUACAACCUCCAAAUUUGUCUUUUAGGAGGAUGGUGUUGGUUGGAAAGACUGGAGCAGGUAAAAGCUCUUCUGGAAACACAAUCCUGGGCAGAAAAGCCUUCAGAGCUGUUAGCAGCGGUUCUACUGUGACCAAAGAUUGCUGGAAGGAGACUGCAGAAGUGGCUGGAAGAGGAAUUACUCUGGUGGACACUCCAGGUCUGUUUGACUGGAAUGUUUCAGAGGAAUAUCUGAAGCUGGAGAUCAGUAAAUGCAUUAAUAUGACGGCUCCUGGACCUCACGCCAUCAUCCUGGUCAUCCAGCUCGGCCCGUUCACUGAAGAAGAGAAACUCUCGGUGGAGAAAAUCAGAGCUGUGUUUGGAGAAGGAGCAGAUAAACACACCAUCAUCCUCUUCACACACGGAGAUGAACUGACCAGCACCAUUGAGGAAUACAUCAGAAAGGCUAAUGAGGACCUGAAAGAAAUCAUCAGACGCUGUGGAGGAAGAUAUCACGUCUUCAACAAUAAAAGCAUGGAGGAUCGUGGUCAGGUUCUGGAGCUCCUGGAGAAAGUAGACGCUCUGGUCACUGCUAAUGGAGGCCAGUUUUACUCCAGUGACUCUUACCAGGGUGUGGAGCUCAUGCUGAAAACUAAAGAAGAAGAGCUCAGACGAGAAUAUGAGCAGAAACUGCAGGACAAACAGAGAGAACUGGAGGCCAGAUUCACUGAGGAGAAGAGGAUCCUGGAGGAGAAAAUACAAACGCUGACAGCAUCAGAGCAGGAGAAAGAGGAGAAGAUCCAAGAGUUAGAAAGACUGAAUGAGAGGAACAAGAAUAAAAUGAUUGAGUACCGGCGAUAUUACAUGGAAAAACUCAGAGAGGCCAGACUGGAGGCAGAAGAGACUCGCAUUAAUGAGAGAAAGUUGACAGAGAUCUUUACCAUGUUACAAAGCCUGCAUCUCUAAUCAUUCAUAUAUUUAUCAAGUCAGAUCUAAUUUACAUUAAUAUGUCUCAGUUUUAAAAUUGCAUUUUAGAAUGAAAAAGGUCCACUGGCGUUUCAUCUAGCAUUUCUGAAAAGACCUCCAUCCACACUGCACCACUUAAAACACACAUCACGUGACCACACACACACACACUCUCUGGCUUUUGCUGAAGUGUAGUCAGCGAGUGAUUUAAGCACACCUCCCCGGGUGAGAGCAUCGCAUGUCAGACAGUUUAUCAAGGAUGUAUCGCUGGAUGGCAUCUCACUGUAGAUAUUAAAGUGAUUUAAUCCAUCUUGUCUAUCUUAUGACCCUUCAGUCUUUUGAAUCUAUUAGCUAACUUGUUUUGGCUGAAAACAAUGUAACAUAUGCUAAUUCUGUAUAUUGACUGAUUGUUUGCCUUUAUUUCCUAUAAUGUAUAAACUUAAUGUAUGCUAUAAUUUUAUAAUGGCCAUUAUUGAUUAUUAAAACUGAUAUACAAUAAAAUACAAGGUAUGAUUAAUAUUUUACAAUGAAAAUGAAAGGAGGCAGUGAUGUUAUAAGCUCUGUUUUGUUAUAAGUAUGCAUACAGUGAUGAUUACGCUCAUGUAAAUAUGCAGCUACACGACACCUCAACAUUUCUGCUGUCUGUUAAGUUGCUAAUAUCAAAAUGAAAAUGGCAGUGUCUCAUAUCAUGUCUUCAUGUCAUUGUUGAGAUGUUAAACACUGUAGCCAGGGUGAUGUGAAUGACUCUCUGGAGUUUGUUUUUCAUAUCAAACUUUUCUGAACUUACAAGGAAAGGAUGCAAGACUGAACUUUGUGCACUCAUUACUAAGAAAAAACCCAAUUAGAUAGGUGAAUGUCUGCAGUCACGCCUCGGUUUUUAGAUGUUUCCGUUUUCCCUCAUUUCACACUGAGACGCAGCAGCAGCGUUUUAGAAUGAAAAUGGCCUCUACAGCGUUUGCAAAACGCUCUGUUUUUAUGACUUACAAACUCUGGCGGAACCGUAGCAAAGCUUAGCAAAACGUUUUUAAACAAAGUAUUUGUGUAAAAGGGGCCUCAGACAAUUGCAGCUCAUCCAGAAUGCCGCUGCCAGGAUUCUGACCAGAACCAGGAAAUCGGAGCAAUAGAUGUUAUAUUAUUACUUCUAUUAAUCACUAAAUGACCUCAAUACAUUACAGAUAUGCUCACUAAAUACAAACCUAAUAGAUCACUCAGAUCUUUAGGAUCUUAAUACUAGGGUUAGGAUCAGCUUCCAGAAGGGUUUAGAUGUGCUCCAACAGUAGAAAUAUUUAAAUUAAGACUAAAAUCAGAAUAAAGAAUUUCUGUUCCUUUACUUAAUGCAUUGUAUCUGCUUCUAAUUGUGGGCAGAUAGUUGCUUUAAGGACAAACUUUAUAUUAACUUAUUAAGAUGUUGUCCAUUACUGUGCAGUCCUUGAUUAUUAUUAUUAUAAGUACUCGUUGCAUAAAAGCUUCAACACGUGUUGUUGACAAACAUGCAGAUAUGCUUAUAUUCUACUUUUUUUUCUCUAAUGAUUGUGAAAGGCUUUAAAAAUGUUGUCCAUUUCAUUAAGACAAGUGAAAGAUGUAAUGAUUUUUUUUUUUUUACAAAAUACAA